AUAUAUAGAGGAGUCUUGUGACUUGGGAAGCCUCAGUCUCACACUAGACUGUUAGUUCAAAUCAUCAUCUUUGUCUGCUUUCUGAAAAGAAUUUAGGUGUCCAGUAUUGAAAAACAGACACAAAAAUCAAGAACAAGAUGGCGAGUUUGGUACAUCAAGAAUUUCAGCAAGGCUUGCGAGAAGCUAAUUUAGCUUCCUUCAAAGUUGGUGACAUAGCUGAUCUGGACGAUGAUGGCAAAUCCAGAAGAACUGGGACUGUGUGGACUGCAAGUGCACAUAUAAUCACAGCAAUAAUUGGCUCUGGAGUUCUCUCACUCGCCUGGGCAAUGGCACAGCUUGGAUGGAUCACAGGCAUUGCCACUCUCUGCAUUUUCUCAUGCAUUACUCUUUACACUUCAGGCUUCUUAGCAGAUUCCUACAGAUCUCCCGAUCCAGUCACUGGCAACAGAAAUCACACCUACAUGGAAGCCGUCAAAGCCAACCUUGGUGGAAAUAUGUAUAAGAUUUGUGGGUUGAUCCAGUACACUUACAUGGGUGGUUUGGCAGUGGGCUAUACAAUCACCGUUUCUAUAAGUAUGGUAUCGAUACUCAAAUCAAAUUGCUUCCGAGAGAGAGGUCGUGGAGCUCCAUGCAAAUAUUCCCUCAAUCCGUACAUGAUAGGAAUGGGAAUUAUAGAGAUUUUACUGUCUCAAAUUCCAAACCUCCACAAGAUGUCAUGGCUUUCGUUUAUCGCAGCAAUCAUGUCGUUUGGGUAUGCAUCGAUUGGAUUGGGCCUCUCAUUGGCAAAGAUCAGUUCAGGAAAAGGAGAAAGGACUACAUUGACAGGAGUGGAAAUUGGGGUGAAUUUAAGUGAAGCUGAUAAACUCUGGACGAUGUUGAGAGCCAUUGGUGAUGUGGCAUUUGCUUGCUCAUAUUCUGGAGUCUUGAUUGAAAUUCAAGACACACUAAAGUCAUCACCACCUGAAAACAAAACGAUGAAGAAGGCCAGCAUGAUAGCCAUUUUGAUAUCAACAGCUUUCUACAUGAUGAGCGGCUGCUUUGGCUACGCUGCACUGGGGAACAAUGCACCUGGCAACAUGCUAACUGACUUUGGCUUUCUUGAACCCUUCUGGUUAAUUGACCUAGCUAAUAUCUUCGUUAUAGUGCAUCUAGUGGGAGCAUAUCAGGUAUUGUCUCAACCAGUGUUAAAUGCAGUCGAGUCCUGGGCCAGAAUGAGGUGGCCGGAAUCGAGAUUUGUGACCAAUGAGUACACUCUAGACAUUAUUGGGAAGAAGACUAUUAGAGUAAACUUGUUGAGGUUAACUUGGAGGACAGUGUACGUGGUGAUAAUAACUGUGGUUGCCAUGGGAUUUCCCUUCUUUAAUGAUGUACUUGCUCUGCUUGGAGCCGUUGGUUAUUGGCCUAUGUCAGUGUAUUUCCCUGUGGAGAUGCACAUUGCUCGGAAGAAGAUACAAAGGCAAACAGUGAGAUGGUUCUCUCUGCAGCUCAUGAACUUGGUUUGCUUACUUGUUUCCUUAGCUGCAGUUUGUGGUGCUAUUCAAGGACUCAGUCAUGGUCUUCAAACAUACAAGCCCUUCAGCUUUUAAGGGCAACUUCCAAAUCUGGGAUAAAUAUAUAUAUACAUGUACACUAUGAUCAAUAAGCUAGUCAGUUUACCAUGUAAAAUUUUAAGUGAACUUCUUACCAGCUUCAAUAUCUAUGCAAGAUAACGUAAACAUAAAGUUCUGAAGCUUGUAGAGAAGCAUAUUAACUCGCUUUUUUGGAUCGAUAUUGAGAUACACUCUCAAAAUUCAAGUCUAAGGAAGUGUUUUUUUUCAUUCUGUGAUAUGGAAAAAAAGGAAUAUUUGCAAUGGAGGAGCUUCGUCGCUAAUACUCUCAUCACUAAUAUUCCUUGAUGGUUUAUAGUGUCUUUCGCUAAAGUUAGCAACAAAAAAAAGCCAUCGCAAAUGAUAACCGAUGGAAUUGUGAUGGUGUU